CGCCCAGGAGCACGUCAUCACGUCACGCAGAAUAUGGCUGCCGAAAGUGCAGCGAAAACAAAACACCGAUGAUUUUGGGCAAAUUUUCAUCUGAUUUGGAUUUUAUAGCUCGAAAUGUCGGAUUGUUUGGAAACACGAAGUCUUCAGGAUCGACAGGAUCGUCUGCAGGAGCUGACAGAGUUCACAGAAGACUGCAAACAGAAGCUGAACGGUAUAUUUGAGACGCUGGGAUGGUCGCUGGACUACCAGGACUCACAAACAGGAAGCAAUGGAGCAGUGUCCGUACGACUCCAACCACAGAGUCCCGGCGAGGAGCAUGGAGAAACACAAAGCCUCCUGCAGCCGCCGAAAGAUGGGCUACUCCGCUGAGGAGGAGGCGGAGAUGUUCGACCCUUCUGUGUGUUAUGAGAACAACAGUGUCCGAAGCUUUACAAUGGACAAAUCCACCCAGCACCAGGUGAUCCUGCAGGCCAGGUCUGCUGCACCGCUGAUGAGGAUGGAAGGAGUCUUCUGGCAAGGUCAGUUCUCCGGCCAGCCUGUCGACGUGCCCCAGAAUCACAAGCGCUCUGUGUGUGACCUCACUGUGGCCGACCGAUUGGCUCUGUACGAUCAUGUGGUCAGCGUCUUUAACCAACCGAAGGAAGCUGCUUCCACUAGCAACGAGGAUCUCUACGUAGAUUUGGUGUCCAAACUCCAGAAGGCUGAAGAACAGAACGAACCAAAGACUCACCUGGAGCUGAUGGCAGAGAUGAGAGACUACAAGAGGCGACGUCAGUCCUACCGAGCCAAGAACGUCCACAUCACUAAGAAGUCCUACACCGAGGUGAUCAGAGAGGUGAUCAACGUCCACUCACAGGAGCUCACCAGACAGUGGAGAGAGGAAGAGGACGAGGAGGAGUCGGCCAGAUCUGAACUCCCCCCCCACAGGCGUCGGCCGGAUGAAAGACGGUCAGCUUCGUUAGAGUCUCGCCAAUCCCACAGCAGACGCCAUCGCAGCCGUGAACGAAGUCAAGACAGAGAGAGCAAGAAGAAGAAGAAGAAGAGGGAGCGGGAUUCCCGCUCCCCUGAUGAACACCACCACGACCGGAAGAAGAAGAAGAAGAAGAAGAAAGAGGAGGAGAGGAAGAAGUGAUGAUGCAACAUCAACAACGACACAGGUCGCAUCAGAGGAGGUCAAAGGUCGUUGUCACGUGUUUUAACGUUUUAAGUUAUUUUGGAACAAAACCGAUGGAAUAAAGUUUUGGUAACAAAUAAUCGACAUUUUGAGCUAAAAAAUGUCGAUUAUGUUUUACACAAUAAUUACACGUCUGCCAAUGUUGAACAGGCCCCGCCCCCUCUGCCUGAUUGGCUGGUUUGCAGCUCACGGAAUGUGGGACACGAGUGUCAUAGCUGACACACUUUUAUAUUGAGGUCAAAGGUCACUUUUGUUUUGAGUCUUGUGUUUUCAAGUGUUUACUCAAAGUUUCUGCAUCAUUGGUGAAAUCCUGGGAAGUCUUUGCUUUUGGGUUUUGGAAGUCUUGAAAGUUUAUUUCUAGGUUAAUAUUUAUUACAACAUUUAUGUUCAGUUUACAUCCGUCUGAACUCUAAUCAACAUUCCUCUCGGUUCAGGCUUACGUCUGCAACGAUUACUUUCAGAAUUCAUUCAUUCAUUUCUCGAUUGGCUGAAAACAACUUGAGAACUCAAUGACCCGAGGUGAACGUUCAAUGUUUCGUCUGUUCAGGAAACUAAACUGAAAGAUAUUUAGUUUCUGUGGAAAGUAAAAACAGUGGGAACCAUCAAAUGUAAUGUCUGCUUUGUGUCACCUGUUGGUUACACCUGGAGUUCAUCCUGAGGACUUUAAUUAAAUCUGAUGUUUGCAUCAUC